AUGUGUGUGACGGCGUUGAUACAUAAAGCACCUUAUAUCAUCACGAUUACUCAAGACCACCCAGAGCUUGGUUGCAUCGAAUUACUACUCAUCAUCAGUGUGCUGGUGCCUAUGGACGAUAGACCCCGGGAGAUCUCUCAGCGCGCUCGAGGCAAAAGACCAUCCACCCAAGCUCAUUCUCCUCGUCGAGAAGAAGUGACCAGCCAAGUGACCCUGCCGAGCGAUCCAGCAGGCCCAGCAACAUAUAAUCCUUCUUAUCCCUCCCAAGCAGCCUAUACAAGUUUCAGUCCUACGGCAGAGCAGUCGACGUCUUAUCGGGAGAUACCUACGUUCGAUUUCACAACAGCACCUCAGGACUAUACAAUGUCGCGACGCUCCGCACACGGACAGGGCACGGGCACAACACCACGGCCACAACAAUAUCAGCUUGUCUCUCCUGGCACACCAGCUGACCCACGAAACAUGACUCAAAAUAACAAGGAUCAGUUGAUCCAAUCACUCCGAACUCAUCGGGUUAACACCAUUACGGAAUUGCGGCGCAUCGAGAAGAUCUUUGCCUUCCUGGACUCGGCUGAGGUGACCGAGCCCAUGACCUCUGCAUGGGCGCAUUAUGUCAAUUCGAACAACCUCCUGAACGAGCUUCGCGGUCUGACAAAAACCUACCCAUUUAGCUCGGAGUGCCUUGAUGAGGCAAAAGCCAUGGUGGUCCGUGAUCCCAGCAGCGUCCGGAGCUGGAAUUAUUGCUGGCUGGUGCUGGUCAAGAUGGAACGAGAGAACCUCAUCACCAAACAUGCUCGAGCUCUUGCUUCAAAGGCAAGUACUUGGGGUGGCCGAAGACCCACGGCAGCAGACUUUGACAAACUCGUUAAAGCCUGUGUGGCGGAAUGGACCCGAGCACUCAGGCAGAUGCUCCGACACUGGGACCAACCUCCAAGUACGACUGGGCAUUAG